AUGGAUAAUGAGAUACAAAGGCUACAGACUAAUGAAGAUAAUCUGAAGUCUAGAGCUAAUAUAAUUCAGCAGCAUGACUAUAAAGAUGCGGAGCUACGUCGUUCGGCAGACGAAAAACAGCCAGAUCUAAAAGGAGACGGUGGGAAACUCCAUAAAACCCAUGACAAAGUUUGUUUAAAUACAACUGCAGGUACAAGCAGGAAAGCUAGUGAGAAACCAAGAAACACAAACCUAAACCAGUUAUUCAUAAAACCAUUUAUCCAAAAUACACAAAUACAAAUACCCACAGAACCACAAACUUCCACAUAUGCAGCUAGCAUACAAAGUGAUAAAAAGAGAUACAAUUACAUUGCACAAUCGUAUAUCGAAAACAUAUAUAAGAUCCAAACAUAUUUAAACUUAAACCCCAGAUCUACACAAACCAAAAACCCAGAAGAAGACUAUAUAACCCAAAAAUUACAAGGAUAUAAUAGAUUAAUCGCACAAUCCAAAACUAGUCCAAAUUUAGUUAGAACAUGUUAUAAUUAUGGGUUACUUGGUACAGUAUACACAUAUGAUGGCGAAGAGAUAAGUGGAAUACCAGAAUUAUACAAAGCAUUCGUCACAUACAAAAGAGUUACCAAAGGAAAUCUAUUUUAUAUUAAGUUUUAUACAGCACCAGCUGAGAUAUUAUAUGAAGAAAUCAAAUCACCAAUUCAAGUUAUAAAGAUAGGUUUGACCAGAGAUAUGAUAAUACCAGAAGAGAUAGAAAAACAGGCUGAAAUACCGAAGAUAGAGAUACCAAACUUUUAUGAAAAUAAAAGGAUAAUUGGUAUAGCAACAAUUAUACAAGAACUAGCUAACAAUUAUUUAACGGCAAUGCUAUUUGGAGUUAUUAUGCAAGAGACCAAGUUAUGA